UAGCCGGUCCUCAACGGCUUUAUGACACUAUCCAGGAGAGGAGGCAGCUUUUGAAGAUGUGAACAGGUGUAUGACAAUUACCUUCUGUGGAGGAUAGACUGGAGAGGCAAAAACGAGACCUCGGACAGUCAGAGGCUGUUGCAUGGUUAAGAGAAGGCGAGAGGGCCUGGUCAAGAACAACGAGGAGAGGGAUGGAUUCAAGAAGUAUUUACUUACUUUAUAAACUUAUCCUGGUCAUCAAACAGAUGUAGAGAGUGGGAAAGAAAUCUAAGGUUUCCGGUUUAAGCAACUGAACACACAAUUCACAGAGGAUAAUCGAAGGCAGAAAAAUUUACAUAAGAAAUAGAAGACCCUUAGGAAAUCAGAGCGUUUUAUUGAACUCCAGCAGCAGGGUGUUUGGGAGGAGGAGGGCAGAGGAUGGAACCCCGGGGAACCACGAGGACUGAGGCGGCGGUAGGCAGAAAGAGUACAACAGAGCCGUGGAAUUCGUCACCAGCCUGCGCUGCAGACCCGCAGGCCCCGACCUGCAGGAGGGAGGGCACGCCGCAGGAGGCAAGCGCAGGGACCCACCCGCGCAGCUCGCGAUCCCACCCGGCACCUGCGGAGCACUACCGCUACGGAAUCCGGCAGGAGCGAGGGUGCCCGCUCGCACUGCCACAGCUCUGGCGCCUGCGCUCUCAGAGCCUUGUGACACCUGAAGGGCAGGUAAUGAAUGGGAUGAAGCCUGGCGAUGUGGGCAAGGAUCCACAGAGUUUCACAGAUCAUAUUCCACCUGUGGCUGCCCUCUGAGAGAAACGGGAAGAGCUACCCAAAGGCCUCACCUUCAUACCUGCCCUCCUCUACGCCACCACACCCCGCUGCUCUCCACCCCACAUCGUCCCAGAUAAACUAACACACGGGGCCAAGCAGGUGGCGGAGUCUAGCCCUGCGCCCACGGUUCCCUCCCCUCCCCUCGCCUCGCCUCUCCGCUACUCCCAAAACACUUCCUCUCUCCCUUCCGGAAGCUCGGAGGCCCCACCCACUACCGCAACGCCUGGCCUUAGCCAAUGGCCUGCUUCCCAAGGAACGUUACCUCUGACCUCGGGGCUCAUCAGACAGUGGGACAAACUCCUCGCGAGAGGUGAGGUUGAAGCUGCCUCCGCCAUCUUGGAGAUGGGAGACGGGCGAUGGCUGUGGUCCUUCUGCUAAUGCAAACAACAAAACGGGCACAGUAGUCAACGCGGGGGAGCUUAUCAUCACAGAAACUGUUGACCAAAGCUACAGAAGGAGCGAGGGUGUCAAAGCGCAGCGCAGCGACAUCGAUAGCCGCUUCUGCUUGCGGGAGCGGCAGAAGUGAAGUGAGUGGAGGCCGGAAGGAUGGUGCAGUCCUGUUCCGCCUACGGCUGCAAGAACCGGUACGAUAAGGAUAAGCCCGUUUCUUUCCACAAGUUCCCUCUUACUCGACCCAGUCUUUGCAAAAAAUGGGAGGCAGCUGUCCGAAGGAAAAACUUUAAACCCACCAAAUAUAGCAGUAUCUGUUCGGAACACUUUACUCCGGACUGCUUUAAGAGGGAGUGCAACAACAAGUUGCUGAAAGAGAAUGCUGUACCCACAAUAUUUCUCUGUACUGAGCCACAUGACAAGAAGGAAGAUCUUCUGGAGCCACAAGAACAGCUUCCCCCACCUCCUUUAACACCUCCCAUUUCCCAGGUUGAUGCUGCUAUUGGAUUACUAAUGCCUCCUCUUCAGACCCCUGAUAAUCUCUCAGUUUUCUGUGACCACAACUAUACUGUGGAGGAUACAAUGCACCAGAGAAAAAGGAUUCAUCAGCUAGAACAACAAGUUGAAAAACUACGAAAGAAGCUCAAGACUGCACAGCAGAGAUGCAGAAGACAAGAACGACAGCUUGAAAAAUUAAAGGAGGUUGUUCACUUCCAGAAAGAGAAGGACGACAUAUCAGAGAGAGGUUAUGUGAUUUUGCCGAAUGACUAUUUUGAAAUAGUUGAAGUGCCAGCAUAAAAAAAAAAAGAUAUUUGUAUUGGCUUUUAAUGGGGCAACACCACACAUCCUCUUCUAGCCUAUAAAGGAGUUUCAUUUGAAAAAAUAACACUUGAUUACUUGUAUAAAAACAAUUCAGAAUAUUUUUUUAAAUAAAUUAGAUAUAUACUGUAAAAUUGUAAAAUUUUUGUUUCUAAUUUCAGGGUUUUUACAUUUUAACAAAAUAUCUUAAAAGUUAAAGACUAACCUCAGAACUCCAAUAUAAGUUGGUUUCAAAUUGAGUUUUGUUUUUUGGGUAUUUAUAGAAAUGUAAAAAUGAGAAAUAAAGUGAAUGUGAACAGUAUAACAAGGACAAUUUAAGUUUAAAAUUUAAAAUUAAUGCAGGUUAUUAAAAGAAUUUAGUUACAUUGUAAGUCAGAAGUAUAGGUCAGAUCAUGAGAUGUAACUUCUCAGAAAAAAUAUAUAUUCUUAUUCACAUAUUCUUAUUUGUAAAGUCAGAAGAUUUAUCUUUCUUAAUCACUUAUCAAAAAUAAGUUGACAAGUCAAUACUUCAAAAAAUAAAUUGGUUAUCUUCAGAGCAGAAAAUGAAGAGUCAUUCUAUACCUAGUCAAUGUAGGUAAAUAAGGAUGAAUCAUUCUUUAAAAGUGGGUUUGCCUUUUUUCCCCACUAACAUUAUUAAACUAGAAGUGUAUUUCCAGUGGAAGAGACAUUCUUCAAUAAAGUAGGCAUUGUUAUUAAACAAGUAAUAAAAAUGGGGGCCUGAUCCAUAGUAUGCCUUUUUCUUUCAUUACCCCCAAGCUUAAGGAGCAUCUGGUUCCCAACUGUUGUUAUAUCUGUAUACAAAUCUCUAACAAAUGUGUUGUGUCAGUAGAGUUUGAUUUCUACUGUAAUAUGAUCAAUUGAUUUUGGUCACAUCUUCACAUUAAAAAAGGAUUUCUUCACUUUUAACACAAGUUAGAAAUUAUAUCCCAUUUAUUUAACCGAGUGAUUUGUAUUCCAAAGCAACCUAAUAUGUAGUGUUUGUUAUUGAACGUUGAGAUUUAAACACUGAAGUUUCUGUUCAAACUAUGAGUUGUGUUCUGACGUGAGAAGUUUUAGUUAUAUAUUUGAAAUGAAAAUAUGUUCUGAGUAAACAAAUACUGCCUUAGGAAUUAUCUACUUAGAUUUAGAAUAAUUAUUCCUAUUAUAAUUAUUUUACAUUUCAGAAUACACUGAGGUAGUUGAAGAACAGGUCUUCUAAGGCAGUAUUAAAAAUAUGAAACAAUGACAUUCAAAAGUGUCUUUUGUACAUGUGGUUUUCAGUGUAAUUUACUGCUAUGCUGCCAGUGGAUGAUACCUUGAUUUUUUAUGAACCAGUAUUUCAAAAAUAGAAAAUUAUAAUGAGAAGAUUACUUGAAGUUAUGUGGUCUAAUGCAUAUAGAACUAACUCUAAUGAAUCAGAGGAUGUUUUCUAGUUAUUCAUGGAUCUCAUCACUGUUUUGGAAACCCAUGAAGUAGUGUGUGUAUGUGUCCCCAAAACUAAGAAUCCAACAUUGAAUUGUGAAAGUGGCAAUCCCAAUUACUUAGCAUCUUUACAUUAUGAUUUAACCUGGAGUUUCUUUUCCUAACAAACAUAAAUCUCUAUUUGGAAAGAACUGAGCAAGCAGCAUGUAUACCAGCUGUUUGCAUUUAAAUAAAUUGUCAUAGUUUAACAUAGGGAGUUUGAGGUACAGGUGGUUAUUUCUGAAUAUGAGCUAUAACAUUUGGUGAAUGUUUUAAAAAUUUAUUUUGUCUACUGUAUUGUUUAUUUCAUUGCCACGUAAAGGAAAUAGGUUCUGUUCAAGCAUGUUGAAAUUCAGUCUGGAACAAAUGUGUUGGGGAGAUUUAUGUGAACUGCAGCAUAUUCUGAAAGAUUACAUUUAUUUUAAGCACAUACAGUAACAUCCUAAAAUUUCCAUCUAUGUGUGAUGAUGUAAUCUGGCAAUAAUGAUAAGUAACUUUCUUAAUAGAACUGUUAGGAAAGCAUAUAAAAUCAUAGAAUUUUAGAACUAGAAGGGACUUACAAAUGAUUGAACAGUAGCAUAACUUCCAAACCUUGCAGAAAUAUGUUUGUAAAAUAUCCAUGACAAGUCAUUUACCAUUUACAUUUAAGCAGUUAUUCUUCUGAGAUUCUUUAAAAUGGGUUUCUGGUUUAGGAUAGAAUUAGUUGCCAUUCUUUUUAAUACUUGGUUAUAGUGGAAAUAUAAUCUUCACUUUGGACUGCUUCAUAGUUUGAACCAUCAAAUUCUGAGUUAAAGACGUUUUAAAAUUUUGUAAAAUAAUUUAAAUGUUUAGUAAUUGUAUACCUGUUAUGUGAACUAAAAAUAAUUCUGUUAUUGCAGUAAACAGUGUAAAAUUAUUAGCAGAACUUUUUACUUGGAAGUCCAAGCACAUGAGAUCUUUCUUUUCUAACUAUAAUUUGUGUAAUCCCUUUCUUAGAAGUGUGACAGUAAUGAUGAAGGCAUAUGAAAGUUUCACUUGAUAUGGAUUUUUUUGGUUCAAUUAAUAUUCUCUGAUCAUCUUUAGUUAUUAAAAAAAUAUACAUACAUAUCCAACACUUAUGGCUUUUAUAAAGUCAGUAGUAAGCAACAUAAAAUAAUAAAAGUGCAUAUGAUCUGUAAAAUGAAAACUCCUGUUUAAUGUUCCAGAAUUUUUUAAAGACAGCCAUCCAUAAAUAGCAUUUAAAGGAAAAAAGAGCUGAUUUACAAAUCUGCUUGAUUAUUACUCUUCCUGAUAUUGGCAACCAUGUGAAUCAGAUGACCAGUGAGUAAAUAGCAUUGCUCUUAUGAUGGUAACUGGUGUUUCUGAGCAUUAUGAUUUUAUAUAUUGUGUACUAAAAUACAAUCCUUGAUGUGAAAAAAAAUAUCAAAAGGCAAACAGUGUUUUACAAACAAGCAAAAAGGCAGUUAUAAUUAUUGUACUUAAAAUAAUGGAAAAGUUUGCUCUUAAAAUUUCAUGUCUUGAUAUCUUUUUUACCUUGGAUGUUGUUUUAUUCUAUU